GGAAGUCGCUCCAGGGCCGAUUUUUGGUGUGUCCGGGCGAGAGGUCGCGAGCGACUUUGGUGUGUCGCUCCAACGGGUCGCUCUGGAUCGGGAGCGACCUUGGUAGGUCGCUCUGAGAGGUCGCUCCAGGCUUCGCUUCGUGUCGUCUCGCCAUAGAGACGCGAGCGACCUCGGGGUGUCGCUUUGGGAGGUCGCUCCGAGAAGGGUGUGAGAUGCGAGCGACCUCGGUGCGUCGCUCUGGGCAAGUCGCUCUAGCUUCCUACGGGAUGAAUAUGGCGAGCGACUUCACGGGGUCGCUCUAGCUAGGUCGCUCUGAGAGGUGCUUUGGAGCGACCUCAUGACGUCGCUGCGGAACCUCGCUCCCAUGCUCUGCUCGUCCAAUGAUCACCUGUUUCACGUCCUUUAAGCUCCAAAUGCAUCCAAAUGUCCCCAAGAACUCCAUGUGGCACUCCAACACCUAAUGAGGACAAUGAAUGCAAAAUGCAACCUAGACAUGGCUAAAUCCUAAUCUAUAUGAUGAAAAUGCUAAUGGAUGAAUGGAUAAAACAAUGCAAAUAUGCAAGAUAUCAAUAAUUCAAAAGAUAAAUUAUUAUGUAUAUUUAGAUAUGUUGGAUAAAUAUAUUGCUAUAUUUUAUUAGAUAUUUUAGCCGUGUAACAUUUAAUCUUAGCAUCUAAUUCAAAUAUUUAUUACUGUUUGUUAUUUAUGGUUUGUUACGACACACCAAAAAAUUAUUGUAGCCGGCUAACUCAAUUUACAUUACAAUCUCUUUAUUUAUAAUCCGUAUAAAUGAAACCAUAUAUGUAUCAGUUUUGUCAACUGGUCUUGGCAUAUAAAAUAAUAUCCGGCUAAAAUUUGUAUUGUCUCGAAAAAAUGUAAAUGUCUAUCCAACAAGAGCAAACACUAUCAAACCAAUCACUGAACUUGCCUGCAAAAAUGAACCAGUGUGAGAUGUGGUAGAAUGUCAAACAAUGAACUUGCAUGAACAAAAGCUAAAAAAUUAAACCUUCCAAAAAUCGUAGCACAUGCUUGACCAUUUUCAUUUGGCUGAGAAUAGACUACAUCAGAUCCCGAAAAACGCAUCACAACACAAGCCAUAGUCACUAGACAAAAUAACUAUAGAUCGUUCUUGAAAAUAGGUUAAUUAGAUGGUUAAGUUUUGAGUUAUCUGUUAGAGGAGACUGAAAAGAUUACCAACAUAAUAAAAAAAUCUUUGCCAACAGAAGAAUGGGAAACUAAGAUUGAGGCUUAUAGAAUUUUGAAUUCCUCAUCAUGUUUCUCUGUUGUAGAAUCAGCAUCCGAUACAGUUGGCGGGUCAGCUUGAGUUAAUAUCAAGGGGCAGAUACCAAUUGAUAUAACAAAGAAAAAAACAUUUAUUGGAACGAUAGACACCACACCACUACAUCAAAACUUUCAUCGAAAAUCUACUAAAGCAAGAAAACAAUCAAGUACGAAAACACAGAGCAAUCAAAGAAAAUAGUUGGAAAAAAAUUAAAGAGUGGGUUUUGACCAAAAAAAAAUUAAAGACUAGGCAAAAAAGAAUACAAUCCAUAGCGUUCUUUUCAGUGGACAUUACCAAUCUUCAAGAUAAAAAUUGUUGGUCUUUCUCUCUUGCCUCCAUGAUGCUUAUUCUUCUACCAUCUCUUCACGCUUCUUCCUCCCUACGAGCUUCUCGGUCAACAAAUGGAGUCGAGCAUGCACGUUGGGGCAGAGAUUGAGGAGCGUGAAUACACGCGCCACCGCGAGCUCGACGAAGAGGAGGGAGAAGGUGGGGGUUUCUUAUUCAGAAAAAUCCAUUAAACCUUUUGAAAAUCAGUAAUAUGACACAACAAUUACAAAGUAUCAAGCUGGGUAUAAGGAAGAGAGAGUACGAAUUUGCAGAGAUAGAGGGUAUUAAAACAAGUUUAGUAGAGGAAAGAGGUGAGUGUAAUACAAAAAGUAAUUAAUAUCUUUGACAUUGGAAUAAGAAAAAUGAUUUCGUUCGAGAUAUGUUGUGAAAAUAAAUUUUUGCUAAAGCUAUAAAAAAUUACAAAGAUUAUUAGUAUUUUGGUAGCAUAAUAACAUAGGGGUAGAAGAGUCCAAAACAUUUAUCAAACAGUGCCACACAGUAUUUUAGGGUAUAUAACUAAAUACACUAAAAAGCUUUGGUAGGGAGUGCAAAUACUCUAUUAUUUUUAAUAAAUAAAAAGAUAUUAAUACACUAUAUUGUUAGUAUAUCCAAGCUGGGUCAUCCAACGGUCUAGGGUGAUGCAUUUGAUAAAUCUUGUGACCUAAAUAAAGUUUAUGUAAAUAACUAUGUAUUAAUCGAUUUUUGUAUAGUGGAUAGUCGCGUAAAACGUACAUCAACUAAAGUAGUAAUAGUGUUUGAGUGGUGAGAAUAUAAAAAUAAUGGAUCUAUACUAAUGAGCCAGCAAGUGGAAGGAUCCUAUCCAAUCCUAUCUUGUUCUGCUUUUAAAAAGACAAGACAUGUGAUUGACAUUGGACACACUAUAAAACCUGGUUCUUAAACUGGCGCGCCAACUGAAUCAAAUCUAAUACCGAGUGUUUGCUAUGUUAAUAAUUUAUCAUAGACUUCAAUUUUCUCUUAUAUUAAUAAUAAAACCUUUUUUAUUUGUCAAUAUACUAUUUUUAUUAUUUCUUCCAGAAACGUGAAUGCAUGGCCGGCGAUGAACAUAGAGAGAUCAGUGAAAAAUUGACCAAUAUUCUCCAAUUUUUUAAGAUAAUAUUUAAACCUAAAUUCUCAAAUUUACAAUUUUUAUCGAAACUUUCACUACAUCGUUUACAGUCCUAAAAUUUUAGGAUCAGUUCUGCAUGAAUAGCUUUUCCAGAGAAAGAGGAGAUAUUUCAACAAAAAUGCAACCUGAAAAUAUAAAAUUUCGAAAAAGCAAAGGAAUUCAAUUAACCAAAAUAGAAAAUAAAUAUUUAUGCAAUUUCCAUUUUCCUAAUCACGUACAUAGAUUUGUUGAUUAGGCCAAAGUAAAAAAUCUAACGUGUAGCUGUAGCCGAGUUAUCACCUUGCGUCUCAUAUAAAAUAAAGAUCCCACCUGCUUUCUUUUCUUCUCUGCAACUCCAUUAACAAACAUCUAACCAUCUCUUCAGUUUACGUUAACUCUCGACGAGACCUUCAAUUCUGAGUCAGCCACUGAUCUGAAAGCAGGAAAGAUCAAAACUUUAACAGUAAACAUGGAGAUUGGUUUCCAAGAAAAUGAUCAAAAUCAAGAACUUGACUCUCACGUUACGCAUCUUAUGGAGAUUAGUUCUGGGUAUUACGGGUAAACAACACUCAUCAAAUCUUCUUUUCAAACUUCUUCUUUGUUGGUCACUAAAGCUAAGUUUUUUUUUCCCUUCUUUUCCUUCUUUUGUCUUUAGGUGCUCACAUUAUAGAAGACGAUGCAAGAUCAGAGCACCAUGCUGUGAUGAAGUAUUCGAUUGCAGACACUGCCACAACGAAGCUAAGGAUUCUCUUCAAACUGAACAGCUCCUUAGACAUGAUCUUCCUCGACAUGAUGUUUCCAAGCUCAUAUGCUCGCUUUGUGAGACAGAACAAGACGUCCAGCAAAACUGCUCCACUUGUGGUGUAUGUAUGGGGAAGUACUUCUGCUCAAAAUGCAAAUUUUUCGACGAUGAUGUAAGCUUCUCCAAUCGAUUUAUUUCUUAUAAACUGGAAGUUGUACCAACAAAACUCAACACUGGCUGUUUCAGCUUUCCAAGAAGCAAUAUCACUGCGAUGACUGUGGGAUAUGCAGGAUGUUGCUACUCCAAAGUUUUGGAGGACAAGCACCGGUGUCUGGAAGGCGCAUUGCAUCACAAUUGCCCGGUUUGUUUUGAGUAUCUUUUUGAUUCGACAAGAGAUAUCACGGUCCUGCGAUGUGGUCACGCUAUGCAUUUAGAAUGUACCAAAGAUAUGGGGCUGCAUAACCGAUACACAUGCCCUUUAUGCUCUAAAUCGAUAUGUGACAUGUCCAGCGUGUGGAAGAAACUUGAUGAAGAGGUUGCUGCUUACAAAAUCCCAAAAGUGUACGAAGACAAGAUGGUAUGGAUUCUUUGCAACGACUGUGGUUCAAACACGAAUGUUCGGUUUCAUUUGAUCGCGCAUAAGUGCAGUAGCUGCGGUUCAUACAAUACUAGAAAGACGCAGAGAGGACCUAAUACUCACUCUUGCUCUUCAGGAGGUCCUCAGGUUGUUGGUUUAACCGGUUAGCUAAAACCUGAACCAGAACUGGUUUGGUGUCUGAAUUUCCCAAGGGGAGACUAUCUGUGUACUUUCUUAACUAUAGUAUUAGUUAAUGAACCAGGCAAAUCCAUGAGUUAUAUAGACAAGAAGAUCCGGCUUCAGAUCUUCAGGACCCACCCGAACCGACAAAGAAAUAGCUUCGAGUUUUCAGACCUUUACGUUGUUGGGUUUUACUAACGACUUCUCACCCAUUUCUCCCUAAAAGCAACAAUAUUAAUUAAAUUAUCUCAAAGUUAAAAAAUCAUUAUAGCGCAUCCCCACAAAGGCGACAAGCAAGUAAGCAACCUCUUUAAUUACUAAAUUUCAGUUACUGCGCGCAGACAAAAACAAAUUACAUUAUGAAGCUAAAGUCUUGAGCUUCAGAGAUUAACAUAAUAUCAGUGGGAAAAACCCUCAACAUAAUAAAAACAAGAAAAGAAACCGUAAUUCAACACAUCAUGGAGCCAAACACAUGAGUGUGAAAACGGAUUUGAGAUACAAAACCCUCAAAAAGAAAAAAAAAA